UUGACCCAAAUAGGAUAAAGAGGUAGGGAAAAAAAUGGGAUUUGGAGUUCGAAUUAAUGGCGUGGGCUUCUCCUUCAUUCUGUUAACUUUCUUUGUACUAUGUUCUGCCACUGAUGAGAGCCAUAUUUUCUUCUCAAGUCAUGAGACACACAUGUUAGCUGUAAAAAGGUUUAAAAUACCUUCCGCCAUUAAAUAUGGUUUGGGAAGGGGAGAGGUAGAGAAUAUGGAUCCACAAACUUUGGCAAAGACAUUUGUAGAAGAUUACUACUCCAACAAAGAGGAAACUUUGGUAGGAACAUUUGUGGAGCACUACUACACCACCUUUGACACCAAUCGAGGAGGCUUAGGAAAUCUUUAUCAGGAAGAUUCUAUGCUCACCUUGGAAGGACAGGAAAUCCGAAGCACUUCCAACAUCGUUACCAAACUCACUUCGCUCCCUUUCCAACUGCACUACCAUUCCGUCUCCACUGUGGAGCAAUCUCUCAAGUUCAGUCAGGUGUUCCAUUUGAUGCCAAAAUCGCAAGGAGGAGGGUUUUAUGUGAUGAAUGACAUGUUCCGUAUCAACUAUGCAUGAACGCAAUACCAUCUAAUAUCCAACAUUAAAUGACACGUGAAAAGUCACUAGAAAAAGCUUGUUUAAAACUUUCAUUUGAUAAUUAAGACCCAACAUGGGUUCUUUUUCAUUGGAUUGUUGAAUGCUUGCUUGGUAAUUGUAUAUGUUACUAUA